AAUGCUCUUGUCAACAUCUAAAUUGAGUUCUUCAAAGCUUUAACGAUCUCAAAUAUCAAGUCCUUAGAGAUCAAAUGUCAACUAUCUCAGUUAAGACUUAGACUCUCCAUCUAGAUAAAGAAUAAAGUUACUUUCCGACAAAUGGAAUCACAUCCAAAAUGGAAUUGAUAAGGAUAAAUUAGAAAAAAGGGAAGUUUUAGAAGAAAGAAUUAAAAUAAUAGAAGAUGUUUUAGCAUCAGAAAAACCUAAAGACGAAUAGAAGUUCAAAGUGCUUAAGGAUUCAGUAUUAAAGUUGUAAGAUUCUGCUCAUAACUAAAAGUCUGAAAGAGAGGUUUAAUAAUCUCUUAUAUUAUUUAGGCUUUUGAUGAUAAAAAAGAAAGAGACUUUAGAACAUUAUCUGAUAAUAUUGCUCUUUCAUUUGAAUAGGAAAAGAAUGCAAGAAAUUAAGGAGAAACCAAGCUACAAAAAUAAAUUGAUGAAAGAUUUUCAUAGAUAACAUUGACAAUAACAAGAAAUACACAUUAAUAUGAAGAUAGAAGUCAAGCUAAAAUUGCUGAAGUUCUUUAAUAAAUUUAGAUUGUUAAAAAUUAAUUAGAUUAAGAAAGAAGAUCAAGGUAGAAUUAUAAUUAAUAUAUUUUAAAGAGAAGAAUCUUCAGAAAGUUUGGGUGAUUAGAUAGAUAGUGAAAUAAAUAAAUUUUCAGAUUAAUUAUUAGUAGAGAAAAAAGUAAGAGAAGAAACAUAAGGAAAAAUAUUUAGAAUGAUUGAAGAUGUGCAUGGAAAAUUGUAAUAAGACAUUUCUUUUGAAAGAAGAGAAAGAGAAGCUACAACUGAGGCAUUGUUGAAAUUAUUAGAGGAUGCUUGCAUAAAAAUAGAUAAAAAUUUUAGAUAUUGAUA